AUGGCUUCAACUUCUCCGUUUGCCGACCUACCCCCAAUUAAGAUUGGGAAGGGUGGCGGAAUUGGACGCCUGAAGGCAAUUUUAGGAAUAACACCAAAUUCUGGACAACUCUCCUCCCUGGAUGUCGUGAUUAUUUCGAUCGAUCUGGAAUUGCCAGGACAGGACCGAUGGGACAUGCACAAGUUCAAGACUGAAGGAUGCGGCAUCGCCAUUCUUGAUACACGAGAUCUGAGAGACUCUAGCCCGAGAAAGAGCCUCAACGAUCUCAUUACAACCCAGGAAUUCUCUACUAAAUACCCCGUCAAGGCGAAGAGAUUGAUACCUGGCCGGCGAUGCAUAUUUGCCCCGACGAAUCGCAUCGGUCAGGACCAGUUCCGUUCCGUGAUCGCUAAAGCUCUCCAGGUCAAGGACCAAGACUAUCCGCCGACUGGCCGCCACGCUCGUCUUCGCAACAUCGUCCUUGAGCUCUACCUUUACAAUGCGGGGAACGAUGCUACAUAUACGCUGGUUGCUAUGAUCAAGCUAGUCGUAAAAGGCAGUAGUAGUAUGAACAGACUUCUAAAGCGGAAGGAGGAGGCGAAUAUUGAGCGCCUUGAGAAUCUAGUGUUCACGGACGCGACACCAAAGGUUGAUGACCAUGGCAACCCGCAAGAAGAGCCGCCGCGAUGA